UCAUACUUUCCCUUCAAGUAGACAUAAAAUAUGCAGGCUACCGGGCUCCAGGCCCCUGCCACUCGGGCAGGUCGCGGCAUCACUCGCGGCCGCGCGCUCUGCGUGGCUCCUAGGGCCACAGCAACCAUGGAGCCUUCCACUUCUACCUCUUCUGCUCCUAGCUCGACUCAGUUCCUGCGCAAGCACAUUCUGAAGCUGGCGCCUUACACGCCAAUUGAGCCGUUUGAGGUGCUUUCCUCUCGUUACAACCGCAAGCCUGAGGAUAUUAUUAAGCUAGACGCAAAUGAGAACCCAUAUGGACCGCCCCCGGAGGUGCGGGAAGCACUGGCGACCAUGCCUUUCCCUCACAUCUACCCGGACCCGGAGACCCGCGCCCUGCGGAGAGCGCUUGCGGAGAUGCACAACAUCCCGAUGGAGAACCUGCUGGUGGGCUGCGGCGCGGACGAGCUGAUCGACCUGCUCAUGCGCUGUGUGCUGGAGCCCGGUGACAAGAUCGUGGACUGCCCGCCCACCUUCACCAUGUACGUGUUUGAUGCCGACGUGAACGACGCGCGGGUGGUGACGGUGCCGCGCCUGGACGGCUUCCGCAUCGACGUGGAGGCCGUCAAGCGUGCGGUGGUGGAGCACAAGCCUAAGGUGGUGUUCCUGACCAGCCCCAACAACCCCGACGGCUCCAUGAUCAGCGAGGCCGACCUGGUCUCCAUCCUGGACCUGCCGGUGCUGGUGGUGCUGGACGAGGCCUACAUCGAGUUCAGCACCGAGGCCAGCCGCAUGCACUGGGUGCUGCAGCGCCACAACCUCAUCGUGCUGCGCACGUUCUCCAAGAGCGCGGCGCUGGCGGGCCUGCGUGUGGGCUACGGCGCCUUCCCCAUCGGCAUGAUGGAGUACAUGUGGCGCGCCAAGCAGCCCUACAACGUGUCGGUGGCGGCGGAGGUGGCGGCGUGCGCGGCGCUUACCAACAUGAACUACCUUAACACGGUACGAGACGCGCUGGUGUCGGAGCGCGAGCGGCUGUUUGCUCGGCUCAAGGAGAUCCCCUUCCUGGAGCCCUACCCCUCGCACGCCAACUUCAUCCUGGCCAAGGUCACCAACGGCCGCGACGCCAAGGCGGUGAAGGACGCGCUGGCCACGCAGCACGGCAUCAUGGUGCGCCACUACGCCAAGAAGGAGCUUUCGGGCUUCAUCCGUGUGUCGGUGGGCCGCCCCGAGCACACCGACAAGCUCAUCGAGGCGCUCAAGCAGCUCUGAGCGCCUGGGCUCUGACUGGGCGGCUGUGAGGCUGACUGGGACGGCUGGGCAGCUCUCUGAGCGGCCGGGCGUCGCUCGAAGCGGCUGGGUGGUUGUGACUUGUGAGAGUCUGGCUCGUUUGGCCUGGCGGAGUGAGUGUGUGUGUGUGUGGGGGGGGGGUGAGGUUAAGUGGAGGAUAUCCGUAAUGGGUGGGGUAUGUGCAGGGCAGAGGGUGCCUGAGGCACGCGGCGUUGUGCGCAUUGUGGCGUGGAGCAUGGUGUGGAAUGAAGGUUUGCGCCCAAAGCAGGGAGCAUAAUGCACAAGCCGCGCUAUGCAUUGAUGGGAGCGACCGCGAGUGACCGUGUUCUGCGUGCGUACGUGGCCGCACCGUGUCAUGCACGAGCGGAGCGUUGGGCACGGAUUAGGUUGAGCCUGGACGAGGUAUCUGCAUCGGCAGCUGAGUGACCUGAUCAAAGAGUGAGGUGUGAGCGAAGGCGUGGCUGGAAUGGAGGUCGCACGGAAUGACGUGUGCGUCGCGCGUCUCAGAACGUCAGAACCACACUUUAAGCCUGCUGAUGUGGGCCACUGAGGCACUGACUGUAAUGCUAUUUCUGG